UAAAGAGUGCGUGUGAUCAGAUCGUGUGCCAUGGAGUCGAUGCUCGUAGCCGGAGCGGGCGCGGCGGCGGUGGCGGCCGUCGGGGGCCUCGUCGCGGCGGCCGCGCUCGCCGACAAGCUCGUCGCGGCGCCGCCGCCGCGCAAGAACCGCGCCAACCCGCCUCCAGCUGUUCCUGGUUUACCCAUUAUUGGAAAUCUGCAUCAAUUGAAAGAAAAGAAGCCUCAUCAGACGUUUGCAAAAUGGUCUGAAACUUAUGGACCAAUCUACACUAUAAAGACCGGAGCUUCUCCAGUGGUUGUGCUCAAUUCAACUGAAGUAGCCAAGGAGGCGAUGAUUGACAAAUUCUCAUCCAUAUCUACUCGAAAGCUACCAAAAGCAAUGUCUGUGCUAACUCGUAAAAGUAUGGUCGCAAUCAGCGACUACGGUGACUACCAAAAGAUGGCGAAGCGUAAUAUUAUGAUUGGCAUGUUAGGUUUUAAUGCACAGAAACAGUUUCGCGGUACAAGAGAGAGGAUGAUCAGUAACGUGUUAAGCACUUUGCAUAAGUUGGUUUCUCUUGACCCACAUUCCCCUCUGAACUUCAGGGAUGUUUACAUUAAUGAGCUGUUCAGCUUGUCCUUGAUCCAGAGUUUAGGUGAGGAUGUGAGUUCAGUUUAUGUGGAAGAGUUUGGGAGGGAGAUAUCCAAGGACGAAAUCUUUGAUGUCCUUGUGCAUGAGAUGAUGAUGUGUGCAGUUGAGGCUGACUGGAGGGACUACUUCCCCUACCUCAGCUGGCUUCCAAACAAGAGCUUCGACACAAUUGUGUCUACUACAGAAUUCAGACGAGAUGCUAUCAUGAAUGCAUUGAUCAAGAAGCAGAAGGAGAGGAUUGCACGCGGAGAGGCAAGGGCAUCCUACAUUGACUUCUUGCUGGAAGCUGAGAGGAGUGCACAGCUGACAGAUGACCAACUGAUGCUGCUGCUGUCGGAGUCCAUCCUGGCUGCAGCUGAUACUGUCCUGGUGACCACCGAAUGGACCAUGUAUGAGAUUGCCAAGAACCCUGACAAACAGGAGCUACUCUACCAAGAGAUCCGAGAGGCGUGCGGCGGCGAGGCGGUGACCGAGGACGACUUGCCGCGGCUGCCGUACCUCAACGCCGUGUUCCACGAGACGCUGCGGCUGCACUCCCCGGUGCCGGUGCUGCCCCCGAGGUUCGUCCACGACGACACCACGCUCGCCGGCUACGACAUCGCGGCGGGCACCCAGAUGAUGAUCAACGUGUACGCGUGCCACAUGGACGAGAAGGUGUGGGAGUCGCCGGGGGAGUGGUCGCCGGAGAGGUUCCUCGGCGAGGGGUUCGAGGUGGCGGACAGGUACAAGACGAUGGCGUUCGGCGCCGGGAGGAGGACCUGCGCGGGGAGCCUGCAGGCGAUGAACAUCGCGUGCGUCGCCGUGGCGCGCCUCGUGCAGGAGCUCGAGUGGAGGCUGAGGGAGGGCGACGGGGACAAGGAGGACACCAUGCAGUUCACCGCCUUGAAGCUUGACCCGCUGCAUGUCCACCUCAAGCCCAGAGGAAGGAUGUGAGCUAGAAGAAGCAGUUCCAUGCAUGAUGAAGAAUUAAUGAUAUUCUCGAACGUAUUUUGCAGGAUGAAUAGUGAUAUUAAAAAUAUAAUGGUAUAUACUACCUCUGGUUUUUUAAUAUGCUAGAAAAAAAUGUAUGUGCACUGCUAGGGGAGAAAUUAAAUUUAUCAUGAACAUCGUAGUAUUUUUUUUUAAAAUGUACGACGCCAACGUUUGACCAUUCGUCCCUUAUAUAUUCAAUGGUACAAUUUAGAUUUAAUCAAAUAGAGAAAAAAAGCAUUACACCUC